GACUUCAUAUGGAACCUCAACCUACAGUCAGUGAACCAGACGCGUAGUUGUGUCAAGUUUCGACAGGUACAAGUGCACGCCCUUUUCGCUGGCGAAACAGGUAAUAUCAGGAAGUGUUAGUGCGGUGACAUUAGGCUACUGCUCUGCCAUAGAAGGUAAUCAAGCGUGGCGUCCUUCAAUAUGAAUGUUCCUUUGAUCCACGAAUUCUAUUGGAGUUAGCUUUUUUCCCGACCUGUUGUUGUUUGGGCUCUGAUAUACAGUAGCCUAUCUCUCCAACAUGCGCUACUUCUGCGUCGUUUGGAUUGAGGUCCUGCUCCUCGGACUGGUGUUGACGCCCGCCACGGUAAUGUCAGAGGGUGUCACGGUCACCAUGACACCCGAUGCGGGGUCGACGGUCACCAUCUCCAAGGACCCUGCUGCCCCGGGCUGCGAGGCGUGUGUGGAGGAUGGGGAAACCCCCCCUGCUGCUGCGUGCGGCCUCAUGGAGUAUGUGCUGUCCAAGCCUGUGGAGACCACCAUCAAGUUCAACUGCAGCCAACCUCAGGACGUCUACAAAGUCCAGACAGACAGCAAAAUUGAAUGCACCAGUGACGCGUGCACCCCCGGGGCGGCGAGCGUCCAAUCGACUCUCUUCCAGGAGUUCCAGAGGAGCUUCAGAUGGGUGAUCACCGGCCCCGAGGGCCGACCUCUGGGUCUUGACAUCCCCGCUGGCGACGGAGGAGGAGGUCUGGCACUCGCACCCGAGGCCAACACCUGCGAGAACGGCUACCUGUACUCAGUCAGCACGGGGGACGGCCCCUCGGAUAUCCCUCGAACCCUGACCUACUGCCGGGGCGGCGAGGGAAACGUGACCCAUCUGGACGUGGACAGCAUGACGUCGGUGACUGUGGACGUGCCCAAACAGGGCACCAUAGAUGCCACCGUCUUCACUGUAGCUCCUAUAGCUGUGGCCACCACUACCACUAAACCCACUCCUGCACCAACUCCUAAACCUACUCCUGCACCCACUCCUGCUCCUGUUCCAAAACCACCUCCCAAGAAGGGUCGUACCAUGUCGGUGACCCCUGACCCCAGUUCGCAGGUGUUCAUCAGCAAGACCACUGAGGGCGUGGCGUCGGACUGCCAGGUGUGUGUGGGGGCGGAGCCUAACCCUACCUGUACUAACGAGGUGACCCUCAACGAGCCCCAGGACACGGCCGUCAAGUUCACCUGUGACAACCCCGAGGACAUCUUCAAGGUGGAGAUUAUCUGGGACUUUGACUUCACAGAAGACUCCAGCAGUAAGGAGAUGACGGCCGCCUCGAGCCUCUUCCUGGGGUUCGAGCGCACCUUCGCCUGGGACAUGAAGGUUCCGCCGUCCCGCACCUUCCAGAUGGACUUCCCGAGUCCCGGCAUGACGCAGAUCGCGCCAACGGAGACCUGUCCCGGCGGCAACACCUACACCGUCGUCGUCUACAAGCGAAUGCCUUCCGUCAUCGGCACCUUCUGCAGGAACGGCACCAUCACCCAGAUCCAAGGCCUCUACAAGGGGAGGGUCACCCUGCCGGUCCCCAAGAACGAGAAGCCCGCCACCUCACCCGUAAAAGUGUCUGUCGGGCCGACCACUAAAAUGCUGGCCGUUGUCAAGGCGGAGCUGCCGCGUGGCCAGUCCUACGCCGACUUCUUCUCUGCCAACUACCAGCACGGCUUCCCCAGCAACGAGGCCAUGCGCUGGGACCUUGUGGUGCCGCCCAAGCACGACUUCACCGUCUCCACCCUGGCUCAGACCGAGCCCACCUGUGGCAGUGGCCAAUCGGUGCAGCUGAAGUACGAGCAGGAGGGCCAGGAGCCAAUCGUCACGGGCCUGACGGACCCGCAGCCAACCGGCAAGCAGGGGAGCUUCGGUCUCGUCCUGAAGAACUGCGACGCCACCAGGGGGUCCACCCCUCUCACGCUCAACUUUAGGGUGUCUGCGCUACGCGGUGGAGUGCCACAUGGUUGUCCUGUGAAAAUGCAGCAGGGCAUCACCCUGAACAUUGAGAACACCAAUGCCAAGUCCUACUGUGAGAUGAAGAUGGAUGGGGCUCUACAGGAGAAGAUCUCCGUGCCCCCCACUACCCAAUCCAUGCUGUCAUUCCUCGACUGUCCCAGUGAGGACCUGGUCAUCACCGUGUCCAAGACCUUGGAAUGCCAGCAGCUGGCUUCCUGUUCCGUCCAGCAGACCGCCCUCUCCAUCCCCACCCUGGAGGCCUGUCUCCCGGCCCCCGUGCGUGACGUCGUGUGGCACCUUCAGGUCCCCGAGCACGGCACCGUCGAGCUCAUGUCCCCCUCCGUCUCCGGCCUGCGCCAGUCGUUACCGGGAGACGAGUGCGGCGGCGAGCGAUUCGCCCUGCAGGUGACCGAGAGAUUGGCCCUGCAGGUUGCCGAGAGUGAUGGGACGCCGCUGGGAGAGUUCUGCUCGGGCGGCGUGAUCCGCAAGGUGCAGAUCCACAGUAGCGUCACGGUUACCGCCACGGCCGCCAACGCCAGGAGGGUCCGCAGCGGACAGCCCUCACUCUUCAACGUCACCUUCGGACCCGAGAUCAAAGAGAGCAUAGUGUACCACGUGAGACCCGAACCGCUGUCCCAGGCCCCUGUCCUAUUGGCCACUCCGGCCUGGCCCCUCCCCAUGAAGCCGUCUGGCACCGCCUCCUGGAUCGUCACCCUGCCCUCCCAGUACCGAGCCGACCUGCUCUUCACCAACGUCACCCAGCCCAAGUGUCAAACCCUCCAUACCGGCAUUAAGGUACGUCACCCAGCCCAAGUGUACGUCACCGACCGAGAUCAAGUGUCAAACUCUCCACACCUGCUCUUCACCAACGUCACCCAGCCCAAGUGUCAAACUCUCCACACCGCCAUUAAGGUACGUCACCUGACCCAGCCCAAGUGUCAAACUCUCCACACCGCCAUUAAGGUACGUCACCGACCGAGGUCAAGUGUCAAACUCUCCACACCGCCAUUAAGGUACGUCACCCAGCCCAAGUGUCAAACUCUCCACACCGCCAUUAAGGUGCAGGUGAUGGGCUCUGAGGAGGAGAUGGUGUACGUGCGUGAGGACCAGGAGCUGGUGGACAAGGUCAGCGUGCCCGGAAGCUUCUACCUCAACAUGAGCAACUGCCAACCGGAGAGCGGAGGCUUCAGCGCCAUGAGCAAGGUCAUGCUGGAGAAGAAGAACAAAAUGCUAUUGGGAAUCAUCCUAGGAGUUCUUGGAGCUCUCGUGUUGCUGACUGUCUUAGUGCUGGCCAUAGUCUGUCUGGUUACCAAGAAACGAAAGAAGCACGCGUUGGCCAACCGCAUCUCCAUCUACAACCCCAAGGGGGCAGUGUUCCGACCGCCCACCGAAGACUCCUUCAAGAACGACAACGGCGCCCACAUCUACGACGCCAUCGACGACGCCAUGACCUACAGCCACCUCAUGGGGGAUUCUGGGUACAACGGCGGCGGCGGCGGUGACUCCGGCGUCUACCGGCCCUUCGGCACCGGCGGCGUGGACGUCAAGCCACCCGUCAUCAGCGAGGUGGACGCCGGAAACGGAGGCAAGAAAGAGGAGUUCAGCACCUUCCUGGAUCCCGCCGACUCCUUCGGCCCGCCCAGGCCUCGCACGCCACUGGGGCCGAUGAACAGCCUCGGGUUCGAGGACCGACGCAUGGUGGAUAACACGCUGUACACGUUCAAGAACGCCGGCGGAGAGCCCAACCCCAUACGGCUGUCGGAUAUGGAUACCAUCCCCCCUCCGGCGCCCGUUCACAUUGAUGAUGACGAGGAGUGGGAUAAUGAUUACGAUGAUGAAGAUGUCAUGUGAGGAGAGGGGGAGUUAAGGUCAGGGCACAUUGAUUGGGCGACACAUUGCCUCAUGGACAGCUUUUCUAUCAAGUGGUUGCAAUUGCCAAUGCUGUCAGCAGGAUGGCAAGGGAGUGGAUGGAUGGAUGGAUACAUGGAUACAUGGAUACAUGGAUGGAUGGAUGAACAAUGGACAGAAAAAAAACAGUUGAAUAAAUAGAGACAUACAAGCAGAAUGACUGACUGACUGACUGACAGACUGACUGACAUUGACGAGGAAUUCUGAAAUGUGGUCAGGAUUCCGAGCAUCUGUUGGAUUCCAUUUGUUGGACUUAUAGAUCAAAGGUUGGAUUCAUUUUUUUGCCAAUUUUUUUUUACAGAAAUCAAAAGCCUGCAUGCUAGAAGGGCUGCCGUGCACAUUGCGUAACAAGGAGUGAAGUGCACCCUUGCAGAGCCGCUGACAGUUUUAGCUGGGCCCAGGACAAAAUCAUCUGGAAGGGCCCCCCCACCUAAUACAUUAAAUGUAUUGAGGACCCAAUUAUGGGGCCCCCUAUCUGCCUGGGCCCGGGACAGCUGACCCCUUUUCCCCCUUUGUCGGCUUCCCUGCACUCUAGUACUGCAUAGGCUGAAGAAUUUGAGUGCAUACCAGCCAAGGCAGUACAAUGUGUACACUGCGAAUUUACAAGGACCAGAAAGCACACCUUCAGACAGAACGUUUGCAUUUGUAAUUGCCUUCUGUCUAAAUAUGGUACACAAUGAGCCAAGAAGAUAAAGCAUUUUUUAAGUUUCCAAUGAUUUUGCCCUCAUCUGUGAUACUGCUCUUUGUUUU